AUGAAACACCCUAACAUUCUCAAGCUGAUGGGUUGUUGCCUCCAGUUGGAUGUUCCAAUGUUGGUGUAUGAGUUUGCUGCCGAAGGGAGUCUCAGAGACAUUCUCCACUGGAAACAAAACAAGAAGCUCUCGGCGGAGUUACGGUUGGACAUUGCAAUUGGUUCUGCCAACGGAUUAAGCUAUAUGCACUCUGAAGACAUACGACAUGGUGAUGUCAAACCAGACAACAUACUUCUCAGUGACAAGUCAAUACCAAAAAUAGCUGAUUUCGGGCUAUCUAAACUACUUAACCCAGGGGAAAAAUUUACUAAGAAGGUUAUUGGGUGCCAGGGUUACAUGGACCCAGUUUUCAGGAACACUGGCAUAUUAACCUCAAAGAGUGAUGUCUAUAGCUUUGGGGUUGUUCUCCUAGAGCUCAUAUCUAGAAAAAAAAGGUGGAAUAUGGUGAAAGCGGUAGCCUCAUCAUUGAAUUCCGCCAUAUAUAUGAGACAAAAAAAUAGUGGAAGGUCAUUGUUUGAUGAGGUGAUUGUAGCUGAAAAAGAUAUCCUGAUCCUUGAAGAAAUUGGCAAGCUAGCAAUGAAGUGUCUAAAAGAACGUUUAGAUGGACGCCCUGGUAUGAAAGAAGUAGCAGAACAACUUGUCAAGAUUAAAGAGAAUAUUGUACAUACUACUGCAACAACACUGAGAUGA